UACUCGCCGGAAAGCACAGUAAUCAAAUAAAUUUAUAAAUACUAUUCUCAAAAUAAAUUUGUUGGUAAAAAAGAAAGUCACAAGCAGGACGAAGAUGUGCAAGACGGAGGUGCCGAUCCCUCCAGACAAAUGGAUUCCGAUCCAACUGGACUGCCGAAAAAUUAUAAAUGCCAUUUCUGUGGAAAGACAUUCUAUUUUAAAGGCAUUUUUGAAAAUCAUUUAUUGUCCCACGGCAUCAGACCGGAGCAUGAUAUGCCAGAGGAACGUUCCGACCCCUCCAGGCAAAUGGCUUCCGGUUCAACUGGAGAUAAUAUGCAAGGCGAAGGUGUCGGUUCUUCUAGACAAAGAGAUUCCAAUCCAACUGGACAGCCGGAAACGUAUACAUGCGAUUUCUGUGCACAGACAUUCGAUUCUUCGGAAAUCCUUUGCAAUCAUUUAUAUUACCACAGCUUAGAGAAUCAUCCUUGCUACGCUUGCGAAUUGAAAUUUAUUUCUCACUCAUUAUUGCGUAAACAUUACAUUCGGGUACAUUCGGACGGUUCUUUAAAGUGUGAUAAAUGCGGAAAAUUUUUCGCGAAAUUUGAUUAUUUUGUACGGCACAAAAAAAGAUGUCAUAAUAAUGGCAAGUAUUUUUGUAAUAUAUACAUUAUUAUAUAUUCUUGUUCUAAUAAUAUGCAAAUGACGGAAGAUAUAAUUACAACGACAAUUUUUUAAAUAAUUGAACAGCGCAUGAUUAUAAGAAGAGAACAUGAUUUUAUUAUAAAACAUAAA